GCUUUAGGACUGUUAACCUUAUUUUUUGUCAAUCAUAGUUGACAAGUUGUACACUUGAGUGUAAAAAAAAACGCAAAUUGUCAAAAACAAAAUUGUCAAAUUUUUCAGAGAUUUAUAUAGUGUGAAAAAGGUUGUUCCCAAAUGGAUAAAUAUAAGAAUCAUCUGUGACAUUUUCCGAUUUUUUGUAACCAAGUGUACAAGUUUAACGAAUUGACAUUUACUCUUUGGUCAUGUGACUUUACUCUGGUUCCCACUCUAACUCCAAAGUUUGGAAGCCGAACGCAGCAAAUGGUGUUUUUUAAAGUUAACCUUUAAAUCACAAAAAAUAAUUAAACAAAAUGGAUUUAUCUUUUCCUAAAAAUACGUGUCGAACCUGUGUAAACAUAGUAGAAGAUGUGGUUAAAAUUGAAAACACGUUCAUCAAUUGCAACGACAAUCAGAUUCCAAUUUUACACGUCCUAAAUUUAUUUGCAGAAAUCAAACUAACCGAAAACUUCCCUGACAGUAUAUGCCCAAAUUGUAUCAAGAAAGCCGACACUCUUUACAAAUUUAAAAUCCAAUGUGACCAAUCAAAUGAAAUCUUCAGAAGCCUAUUAACCACCAAAGCUCCACAAGAACCCCACGAAACCAAAGUUCUCGAAAAAAAAACCAAAGUCAAAAAAACCAAAGGAAACAAGUUUGACGAUCUAGAUAGUCUUUUAUACUGCCAACAAUGCAACAAAUUGUUUAAAAAUAAAUCUAUCCUAAGUGCCCACUUGAAAAGACACCUGUACGAGGGCCAUUUUGUGUGCAAUGUCUGUGGCAAAGGUUUCAACUCCCAGUCGUGCCUCACGAGGCAUACGAGGGUCCACACUGGUGAAAAAAACUACGAGUGUCCCAAAUGCCACAAAAAAUUCUCUUCUUCUAACAAUUUGAAUCUUCAUUCUCGCACCCAUACUGGAAUCAAGCCUUAUUUGUGUACAGUUUGUGGCAAGUCUUUCAGUCACCCAACCGGAUUGACUUACCACACCAGGACUCAUACCAAAGAAAAACCAUACACUUGUGAAGUGUGUGGAAAAUCGUUUGCGAUUCUUUGUCACAUGGACAGACACCUCAAGACUCAUUCAGGGGAGAGGCCGUUUCCUUGUAAGCAGUGUGACAAAGCCUUUAUUAAGAAAAAUGAUUUGCAAAGACACGAAGCGAUCCAUGCAGGUCUUAAACCCCACGUUUGUAGCGUUUGCAAUAAAGCAUUUCUGAGGAAAAUGCAUUUGAAUUAUCAUAUGAUGGUCCAUACCAAAGAGAGGCCACAUGUUUGUGAAAUGUGCGGAAAAGGGUUUAUCAGGAGGUAUUAUCUCAAGGAACAUAUCAAUAGGAGACAUGGUGACAGUGAGAAUUUUGUAAAAAGUGUCAAGGCCGUGCCUAAUGACGGUUUUCCGUCUUUAAUAUGCUCAAAAUGUAUCGAUUUGGCUCAUGCUUCUUUCAAAUUUCAAAAACAAUGCAACCGGUCGCAAAAUAUUCUGGAAACGUUAGUUAAACAGCGACAAGAGACAACUGUUACGCUUGAAGAACCUGACAAAAACGUAAAAAAUGAGUUUUUUGUGGUUAAAAAAAUUGUACACGACAAUUUGUCAGAUGAGUUUGAAUGUGCAGAUACGGAAACAACAGAAUUGUCAGAAGAUCAAACAAGUGGAGGAGAAAAAAAUUUUACGUGCACAGUUUGCAAAAAAACAUACAAGUAUGCGAACAGUUUACGAGUCCAUAUGAGAAACCAUUCGGAAGAGAAAUCCUACAAGUGUAAAACUUGUGGUAAAACUUUCAAACAAUACGGCUCCUUUGUUUACCAUCAAAGGAGUCAUACAAGUGUCCAACCUUACGUUUGCAAAAUCUGUGGUAAAAAAUACAAGCAGUCGGGGACAUUGACGGCACAUAUGAGGGUCCAUACGGGUCAAAGGCCGUUCUUAUGCUCGAUUUGUGGCCGGGGCUUUAGACAAGCGGCCGAUUUGGGGUACCAUAUGAGGUCCCACACGAAGGAAAAGCCGUACAUGUGCAACGUUUGUGGUAAAACGAUGUCAAUGCAGUCGCAUUUAGUGCAACAUUUGAGGAUUCAUACAGGGGAAAGGCCGUAUAAAUGCGAUGUGUGUGAAAAGGCGUUUCCGUCGUCGACUAGAUUAAAACGCCAUGCUAUUAUCCAUACUAGUCUAAAGCCAUACUCGUGUGACGUUUGUUCGAAAAGUUUUAACAGGAUGAGUAGUUUGAAAGUUCAUUCUAAAGUGCACACUGAUGAGAGGUCACAUGUUUGUCCUAUUUGUAAUAAAGGGUUUAUACAAGCACAGGCCCUAAGGUCGCAUUUGGGGUCACAUUCGUCGGAAAUUAGCGUAAAAUCAGACCAAUAACACAAUAAUGUUUUCAAUAAAAAUUCUAUCACUCCAGUCAGAUAAAAUAUAUACCGGGUGUCCGAUUUUUUAAUAAACUUCAUUUGGGAGAAAACGGCCUUUGAAAAUCGAAAUUUGAAUUUGCCGCGUUAGCGUUACUAAGAAACGAACUAUGAAGUCAUCGUUGCCAACAGAGAAUUUGUCAGCUAAAACAUGAUUUAUCACUCUAAUUUUACUUUGGCUUGAAAAGCAUUUCCAUUCAAUUAUUGAUGUGUUUUGUUGGAAAUUUAACAAUUAUUUUUUUAAAAAACAUUCGGAAAACAUGGUCUUUUAAUUGACAAAUUUUCUGUUGGCAACAAUGUUUCUUAGUAACGCUAACGCGGCAAAUUCAAAUUUUGAUUUUUUGAGGGAGGUUUUCGUCCAAAUGGAGUUAAUUGAAGAAUUGAUAAAAAUGCCGAUAAGAUAACCCUUUUCGAGCACUACAAGCUUCAUUCAUCAGAUGUUGAUUUCUGUUACUCCUGCAGCCGGAAAAAAAUUAAAACUAAUUUCUCAUGUUAAUUUCCUAUAUCCAAGCUUGCCUGGGACACCCGGUUAUUUUUUUGCUUUACAAAUAUUAAAAAACAAGUGUAGGUCCAUUUUUUUGAAAAAAUUAUGAAGAUAGAGAUAGUAGUUGUCUUUGAAUUUUUUCUAUUCUCAAAAAUAGUAUAUUUUGUAACAAGUUUAGAGUAUGUCAUAUUCCGCACAUGUGGAAAGGACGAGUGUGAUGGUUCUACGAGGACGGAAUAUGUCUAUUUUACAGACUUAAUAUUUGCUAGGAGUAUUUAUUAAUAUUAUAAAUUAAUUGUUUUUUUUUAAAUACUAAAAAAUAUAUCUUUUUUGC